CUUUCAGAAAAUUAACCAAAAACCCCAUUUAUAAAAAAUGAGAAACAAUUUCGUCCCUAUGAUUCUCUCCUUCUUCAUCACCUUCUUGAUGUUCUUAACUCCAUCAACCGCAGAACAAGAACCUUCAAUUCUAUCCCCUGUUGAUAAUUUCCUAAACCAAACAAGCUCAUACCUAGAUUUCACAGAAAAAUUCAACCAACCAAGAAUCGAGUUCACAACAUCAACAAUCAUAGCAGCUUUCCUCUCUUUCCUCGCUUCAUCCAUCUCAAGCGCCGGUGGAAUAGGCGGUGGAGGCUUAUACGUUCCGAUAAUGACAAUAGUGGCAGGUCUAGAUCUGAAAACAGCUUCAAGCUUCUCAGCUUUUAUGGUCACUGGUGGAUCUAUAGCUAACGUGGGAUGCAAUCUAUUCCUUAGAAACCCUAAAUCUGGUGGCAAAACACUAAUCGACUUCGAUUUGGCUCUUUUGUUGGAGCCAUGUAUGCUUCUUGGUGUUAGUAUUGGAGUGAUAUGUAAUCUUGUGUUUCCCAACUGGUUGAUUACUAUUCUCUUUGCCGUGUUUCUUGCGUGGUCCACGUUGAAGACUUUUGGAAAUGGAGUUUAUUAUUGGAGGUUGGAGUCAGAGAUGGCAAAGAUUAGAGAAUCGAGUCAAGAAGAGGAUAAGGAGGAGGAGAAGGUUGAGAGUUUGAAGUUGCCACUAUUGGAUUAUGAGAGACCAAAGAGGUUUCCAUGGAUGAAGCUUGGAGUUUUGGUGAUUAUUUGGUUAUCUUACUUUGCGGUUUAUCUUCUUCGUGGAAACAAAUAUGGCGAGGGAAUCAUAUCGAUAGAGCCAUGUGGAAUCACUUACUGGCUCCUUUCAUCGACUCAAAUACCACUUACUCUCUUCUUCACUCUUUGGAUUUGCUUCAGUGACAAUGUUCAAAGCCAACAGUCAUCAGCAUGUGCAAAGGAUGUAGAAGAUUUGAGACCAAACGAUGGAGCACAAUCGAACAAGUGUAUGUUUCCUGUAAUGGCUCUAUUAGCUGGAGUUUUGGGUGGUGUUUUCGGUAUUGGAGGUGGAAUGCUCAUUAGUCCUCUUCUUCUACAAGUCGGUAUAGCUCCCGAGGUAACUGCAGCAACAUGUUCUUUCAUGGUUCUGUUUUCAUCAACAAUGUCUGCGAUUCAAUACUUGUUACUAGGCAUGGAACAUACUGGAACCGCGAGCAUAUUCGCUGUUAUAUGUUUUGUAGCCUCACUCGUAGGACUAAAAGUGGUUCAAAAGGUUAUAACUGAGUAUGGAAGGGCUUCGAUCAUCGUGUUCUCGGUUGGUAUCGUCAUGGCAUUGAGCAUUGUGUUGAUGACAAGCUACGGAGCUCUUGAUGUUUGGAAUGACUAUGUCUCUGGUCGUUACAUGGGUUUCAAGUUACCAUGUUGAGACCAAAAAAGCAAAAAGUUUUGGUUUCUUUGGUUAAAUUUAUUUCACUAUAGAUGUGUAUAAUCAUAUCAUCAUGUUUUUGCUCUUUCAUUCGUAUGGUCAUUUAGAGGUUAAGAAAGCUCUCUAUUUCUUUCUUUUGUAUGAUUUUUAAAUCUGUAUUCAGAAUGCACAACUCGUGCAUUCGAAUAUAAUGAUCAAAAUAAGUUAUAUGUUGUUUAAUACCAAA